AUGCAGCAAGCAGUUGCAGAAUCUGAAGAAGAUGGAUUUGGCAUGACGAGCAGUGUGGUUGCAGAUAGCUUCUGCGAACGCAACACAAAAGAGGUCAUAGUGAAGAAGAAAUACGACAGAUUCUUUAUACGCCAACGAUACGAACUGUCUGACACAAAUGGCAAUCUUCUGCUUCAAGUGGAAGGACCAAGCCUGAGCCUCCAUAAGAGGAGAGUGAUGCGUGACGCUUCAGGCUCUUUGGUUCUCACGAUGCGUCAGAAGGUGAAUCUGCUAACUCUCCGGCACCGGUGGACGGUUAAUUCAGGCAAGAGCUCCGAUCAGAAGGAUCUCAUAUUCGGCGUCCAAAGAUCGCACCCUCUUGAAAUGAAGCCACGCCUUGACGUGUUCAUGCCUGAAACUGGUAUUAAUGGAGACGAUGAUAACAACAGGACGUCCAGGUUUCAGCUUGUGAAGACUUACUCUGAUCUUUGUUGCAGAGUUUACAGAGACGAUAGUGUCAUCGCAGAGGUGACGGAAGGUUUGCCAAGCAGAAGCUUCUUCAAAUACAAAGACAGUUUUAGGGUGAAAAUUAGUGGAGGGGUGGAUUAUGCUUUCAUCUUUGCGUUAAUUGUAAUAUUCACCGUUAAUGACUACAUUUAA